AUACAUCAGAGGACUCACAUAAGAGGAAAACCCUUUGAAUGUGAUGAUUGUUGGAAAACUUUCAGUCAGAAUUUCAACCUGGUGGUACAUUACAGGAUGCACACAGGAAAGAAGUCAUAUAACUGUCCACAUUGUGGGAAAACUUUCAUUGCAAAUUCCCAGUUGGUGAUACACCAGAGGACUCACACAGGAGAGAAACCGUUUGAAUGUCCUGAUUGUGGCAAACGGUUCAGUCGGAAUUCAAGCCUGGCAAUACACAAAAUGAGUCACACAGGAGAGAAACCCUAUGAAUGUUCUGAUUGUGGUAAAGGUUUCAGUCAAAAUUCGAGGCUGCUGAUUCAUCAGAGGACUCACACAGGAGAAAAACCCUUUGAAUGUCUUCAUUGUGGCAGAAAUUUCAGUGAGAAUUCCAACCUGGCUAGACACCAAAGAACUUACUCAGGAGAGAAACCCUUUGAAUGUCCUGAUUGUGGGAAAGGUUUCAGUCAGAAUUCAAGCCUGGUGAUUCAUCAGAGGACUCACACGGGAGAAAAACCCUUUGAAUGUCCCGAUUGUGGGAAAAGUUUCAGUUUGAAUUCCAAUUUGGUUAAACACCAGAGGAUUCACACAGGGGAGAAACCCUUUGAAUGUCCUGAUUGUGGGAAAAGUUUCAGUCAGAAUUCUGAGCUGGUGAACCAUCAGAGGACUCACACAGGAGAAAAACCCUUUGAAUGUCUCGAUUGUGGGAAACGUUUCAGUCAGAAUUCCACCCUGGUGAAACACCAGAGAACUCACACAGGAGAAAAACCCUUUGAAUGUCCUGAUUGUGGGAAAGGUUUCAGUCAUAAUUCCAUCCUGGUGAAACAUCAGAGGACUCACACAGGAGAGAAGCCUUUUGAAUGUCCAGAUUGUGGGAAAAGUUUCAGUCAGAAUUCUGAGCUGGUGAAUCAUCAGAGGACUCACACAGGAGAAAAACCCUUUGAAUGUCCUGAUUGUGGGAAAAGUUUCAGUCAGAAUUCCACCCUGGUGAAACACCAGAGAACUCACACAGGAGAGAAACCCUUUGAAUGUCCUGAUUGUGGAAAAGGUUUCAGUCAAAGUUCCAACCUGGUGGAACACCAAAGGACUCACACAGGAGAGAAACCCUUUGAAUGUUCUGAUUGUGGCAAAUGUUUCAGUUGGAAUUCUAGUUUGGUUAAACCAGAGGACUCAUAUGAGAGAAAUGAUAUAAAUGUCCAGAUUAUGGAAAAACUUUAGUUGGAAUUCUGAUCUUCUGAUACACCAGAGCAGUGAUCACUAAGCAGUGUGGCCCUCAAAAUAUUUUGGUGGUUCACAGCGUAUCCGGCUGGAUGAGCUGCUCCGGGAUGACCAAUGGCCAGUCGUGUGACUAGAGCUCUGGAAUAUGGGACUGGCCAGGCAAUUCGUGGCGGGGCUGGAAAUCUCCACCGUAGAGGGGGGUACGUGCAAUUUGCAACUUUGUAGGUGGUGAACGUGCAAGGAGUAGUGCAGUCCUCGCUGACCGGAACGAGUUAAUGGUGCUGUUAUGGCAAGGAGAGGGUUGGCGGUGCAGGUGGGCUGAAGCAACGGGUGUCAUCAACCUGUGGCUCUUUCUUCCCCUUGUGGUGGCUUCCUGUCAGCUGAACCCACCAGUGGCUGGUCCAGCCCCUUGCCCUUCCCAUCACACUUCGCCUGGCCUGGGAAGGGAAGAUUCACUCCAGACUGGGAGCAAAGCUUCACCCCUUGCUGGGUCUCGCGGGCCUUCUUGGUGCUCCACGUACCUCAGUUGCAUUAAGGGGAGGGGGGGAAGACACGUGACUUCCUCUCAGCCCCGAGACACUGGCCUGACUCAGCUGUUUCUCUCCUCCACUGCUGUUAGUGCCUGCCUGUUGCUUCUGCAGCACAGUUAAAUUUAGCGUGCUUCACAGUAGGGGAGACAACAUCCCCUUCUCUUCUUGGAGCAUAUUAUGACAUGGAGCAUUGACUUCAGCCGCGGUGGAGAGCAGGUUGUGUGUCGUCCCAGCAACCGAGGUGCGUCCAACACCAACAAAGGCCAAAGAAGCACCCAUGAGACCCAGAGUGCGUCUGAGAAUCGGAAUGAGAGAGAGAGAGAGAUGAAAGAGAGAGAAAUAUUAGAGAGCAAGAGAGACAGGCAGA